AAGUUGAUCGCCAGACAUGUCGAAGGAGGAUUUUGUCAUGAACGAGUAUGUCAGGGAGGUUCUUCAAGAUGAAUUGUUGAGAAAUGAUGCAUUCUUGACUGAAGAGGAAAUCAAGACUCUCCUGGCUGAGGAUGAAGAUAAGGAAUAUAGAACAAGGGAGACAAUUAUUGGCUAUCCCAUCCACCCACUUUACCGUGAACUGGGCAACAUGUUGACCAUAUGGAUGCAGGAGAAAUAUUGCCCUGCCCUGAAUCUGCCCAAGUAUGACUUGCUGGAUGAGAAAACCUAUGCAGAGUCAAGGAACGCCGUGAUCGCCUCCAUCACUCCCCUGCUGGAGGGCCUGAAGACACUGUGGACAAUGUGGGGACGGGAGGAGAUCAAGUUCAGGAUCCGAGAGGUCCUCCUGUUGUUGGGGAAGCGUGGCAUUUUGGACCUGUUUGGAAUCAGGAAGACGGUUGGAACUAAGGAAAUAUGGCCGGUAUCCAAAGAGAAGUUAAUCAAAUCCUUCAAGGAGAAACACUCGCCUAACUCGGAGCUGUGGGUGGGAGCGAGAGCACUGGCCAAGCACUUCCACCGAGACAACAGCAACUCCUGGUGGGGCACCAGCACUGGGACUGAGAUGGACAAGAACGAGCACGCCCUGAAGACGCUGAACAAGAUCAUGGACAAUGCUACCUGGAUCAACAUCCACUGGCUGCCGCAUGAUGUCAUUAUAGUGGAAAUGAGACAAGAGGAAGGCUAUGGAGCCAGAUGGCUGGCUGAUGGCUCCAUGUUCCGUGGCUUCCUGGAGCCGCAGAUGGUGGACGGACAUGAUGUCGGUUGGAGGCACUGAGAUGCGGACAUCCACUGGUCAUCAGGAUGACGAGGGGCCUGGGUGACCAUUAUGCACUGACAAUUGGUUCGUCUUCAGAACAGCGUCAUAAUAUGGCGUGAAAAAUAUUGUAACAGUGACCAAAUUUAAUUUUUUUAAUUGUACUUUUUUAUUUGAUUUAAAAAUAAUAAUAAUGAUACCGAAAAUUUAUGUAGCACCAAAUCCAACCACUCAGUAGGUGCUCAUAGCGCUACAAAACCACUGUACCUGGACUGUGUCUGAACUUAACCAACUCAAUUACCACUGGCACAGUCACACCAUGUUGAUAUGGAUUACUAGAAAUAGUCUUCAGCAUACCUGGUUAUAGUAAAGGUAACAAACAGGAACAGGUCAUCACAGUCUGGUUUGCGGACUUAGUUGUUGUCAUAUAUCAUGUCAGUCACUGGAUUGUCUAGUCUAAAUUCCAUGAUAUACACUCGGCCUUCCCACACCUGGAUAUAUUACAAAGUGUGACAUUACAAUGUAAACAAAUAUACAAUAUAUGGCAUAAUGUCAUCAGUACAUACUGGACCUUCUGAAUCAAUAAGUUUGGCCUAGAAUAUGGAGAAACAUGUUGAAUAACUAGUAGCAGGGAGUUGUUUGGGGGACUGUGAAAUCCAGGUUAACGAGGUUUAACUGUGCAUGGUGAAUUGAAGUUGUUGUUUCAAGAGUACCUUUCGGAACUCAAAUCAAUAUUUUGUAAAUGCUAUGAAUAUACUGGUUUGGUUUACAAAACACUUUCAAGCUGUGUUUUUGUACAAGCUAAAGAGUGAUGUUGGGAAAGUAUUAGAAAAUGAUUUUACAUUGCAAGUCUAUAUACUGAAACACUUUGAAAACAAAAAGUGGAUAUUUGAUCAUGCUUUCAGGCCCCAUUGUAACACAUCUGUUGCUCCAUUUUCUGCCAGUUCUCUGAAAAAUAUUUCCCAAGUUUCACUAUGCAUUUUUAUAAUGUGUCAGUAUAUAUUCAUUUUUAAACGCUAAUUUGUCUAAACAGGUUUACAGUGGUCCAUGGGCUCCUUCCACAAAGCAACCUUUACUAAGGUUAACCUUAACUCCCAUUCUUUAACAUUACACUAAAGUUGCCUUAGUGACUUACAAUCACCUUAGGGCUUUGUGAAAGGAGGCCCAAGUAUAUUCGUUUAAUUUGCACAAGAUAAACAUGCAACUGUAUUUCAAGUUGAAUAAAUUAUUUAUGUAUCUUUGAA